ACGGUGGUCUACGGGAUCCCGGGGAGUCGGAUUUCAGUGUUUGAGGGAGUCUGGACGAACUGAGACAGCCUUUGUUCACGUGUAGCUCCUCGCAAUACCGGGUGGGUGUGUGCUCGAGAGAGGAGAAGAGUGGGAUACUGAACGAGUUGAUUCACUGACGGGACCACUGAAGUUGGCGACAUGGGUCGUGCAAGUGUUUCAUCGCUGAGAGUCCCACUGUGGUGCUGGAGUAUUAUUACUGCUUGCAUCUGUUCUCCUGGGAUUGCCUUUCAACACCUCGAGUCCGAAAGGGGCUCGAGUACUCAACUAGACCUCACAGAGCUCAUUGGAGUGCCCUUGCCCCCCUCCGUCUCCUUCGUCACUGGUUUCGAAGGCUUCCCUGCAUACAGCUUCGGUCCGGAUGCUAAUGUAGGCCGCCUCACGCGCUCCUUCAUCCCCGACCCUUUCUGCGACUUUGCCAUUAUCGUCACGGCCAAGCCCACCACACGCCGUGGAGGAGUCCUUUUCGCCAUCACCGACGCCUUCCAAAAGAUCGUUCACUUAGGAGUGGCACUCGCACCUGUAGAAGAUGGAUCGCAGCGUGUGGUACUUUAUUACACCGAACCCGGCGCGGCACACACGGAGGAGGCGGCUUCAUUUAAGAUGGGUGAACUGACGGGAAGAUGGGCCAGGUUUACGCUGGCUGUACAGGGAGAAGAGGUGAAGCUGUACAUGGACUGUGAGGAGCACCACAGGGUGGCCUUCCGCAGGAGUCAGGACGGCCUCUCGUUUCAGCCCAGCUCCGGGAUCUUCAUAGGGAAUGCUGGAGGCACGAGGCUGGAGCGGUUUGUGGGCUCUAUCCAGCAGCUGGUGUUGACUGCCGAUCCCACGGCACCGAAUGAACAGUGUGAAGAAGAUGACCCCUAUGCAUCAGGUUAUGGCAGUGGUGAUGACAUCUACGACGAUACUGAGACUGGAAAUGAAGUGAAGAAAGUUGUGGAGGAGAGAGAAUUUAUAAUGCCAGAUGAUCUGGAGACCAGCCCUGUGAGAGCGCCCCCUACUGAAGCUCCAAUAUAUGAAACUGAAACAGACGAUGAAGAUUUGGAGGAAAGUUCAGGGCUGGACAUAGACAGGACAGAAACUAAAGUUUCAGAGCCAAUCAGAUCAGAGGGAGCCAGUCAAGACAGAAAUAUCAUUACUAUGCAGAAAGGACAAAAAGGGGACCCAGGCCCACCAGGACACCCUGGACCCCCAGGACCCAUCAGUCCAUCAGGUCCCUCUGGAGGAGAGCCAGGUCCCAGGGGUCCACAGGGCCCUUCGGGACCACCAGGAGUGCCAGGAAAAGAUGGACAUCCUGGAAGUCCAGGGAAAGAUGGAGGCGCUGGCGAGGUCGGACCUCCGGGAUUUCCUGGACUAUCUGGAGAGCUGGGUCCUAAAGGAGAGAAGGGGGAUCCUGGGGUGAGCAUCCCAGGGCCACCUGGACCUCCCGGGCCACCAGGGCGCCCAGGAACAUAUAAGUAUACGGACAGCAUUGAUGGCUCAGGAUCAAGCUUUGUGGACUUUGACAGUGACACGGAAAUAAUAAGGGGUCCCCCAGGGCCACCAGGGAAACCAGGUCCUCCUGGCCCCUCUGUGGAAGUUCAUCCAAUUCCAGUAGGGCCGCCUGGGACUCCUGGAAAAGAUGGGAAGGAUGGGGAGAUCGGUCGACCUGGAAUUCCAGUGAUUGAUGACUGGUUUAGUGGGUCUGGAUUAGAGUUUGGGUCAGGAUUUGAGCUGGGCUCAGGUCUGGACUCUGAGGGUGUAGAUGGACGAGACGGUGAACCUGGCAAAGAUGGUGAACGAGGCCAAAAAGGUGAACAAGGUUUACCUGGACUCAUGGGAACAAAGGGUGACUCAGGCCAGACGGGGGUCCCAGGACAGCCAGGACCUGUGGGACCUGAGGGGGCCAAUGGGCAACCAGGCCUUCCGGGGCCUCCUGGCCCACCCGGGCCACCAGGAAAAGGCCUCAGCUUUGACAUUAUGGAUUCUGAAGGGUCAGGAAUGGAUGUCAGCAGUGGCUUCAGACCUGUGUUGCCUAGAGGACCACCUGGUCUUCCCGGUAUUCCUGGCCCACCAGGACCGCAGGGAAAAGAUGGCGCUGAUGGCCCUCCAGGUUUUUCUGUGAAGGGGGAUCCAGGCCCUAAAGGAGCUGAUGGACAACCUGGAUUAGCUGGGCUGCCUGGAAAACAGGGGGAGGAAGGAGAGAAAGGUGACAUGGGGCAGAAGGGUGAACGGGGUCUGGAUGGAAUUGGUCUACCUGGCCCUCCCGGACCUCCGGGACAAAUCAUCAACCUGCAUGAUCUAAUGCUUAAUGACACCGAUGGCAUCUUGAACAUCUCAGGGAUUUUUGAACCUCAAGGACAGCUGGGGCCAAGAGGUCCGAAGGGUGAUCGUGGGUUUGCUGGGGUCCAGGGACCUCCAGGUAUACAGGGUCAGAAAGGAGAGCCGGGGUUUUCAGUUACUGAUGGAGUGCUCAUGUCUGGAAUUGCUGGGCCACAGGGACCAAAAGGGCUAAAGGGAGACUGUGGUGUUCCUGGACCACCUGGUGAAAAGGGCCCAAUCGGACCGGUCGGAGCGAAAGGAGAGUUUGGGUUUCCAGGACGUCCAGGUCGUCCUGGAAUGAACGGUUUUAAGGGUGAAAAGGGAGAAUCUACAGGGUUGCCUGGGCUCCCCGGACCUCCAGGACCACCAGGGAAACCAGGAAUAUUCAACUGCCCUAAAGGAACAGUGUUUCCGGUACCCCCUCGACCCAACUGCAAAAAUCCCGUUAAUGGAGAUCCUACACAAGGGGGAGCUAGCUGCUCAUCUUCCGGUGCCAAAGGAGAAAAAGGGGAGCGGGGUAUCCCUGGGUUACCAGCCCUAUCAAGCAAUACACUGGAAACCAAAGUGACGGGUGAUAAAGAUGACCAAGGUUUCAGGGGAGAGAAAGGUGAAGCGGGUAUGCCCGGCCUUCCUGGGGUCCCUGGAAAAUCUGGCUUGGUGGGUCCUAAAGGGGAAUCUGUUAUUGGGCAACCUGGUCGUCCAGGACCACGAGGACCCCCUGGUGCACUAGGUUUUGGGAGAACUGGUUCCGAUGGACCUCCGGGACCACCAGGACCUCCUGGACCACCUGGACAAUACAGCUCUGGCGUCAUGAUCCCCGGCCCCCCUGGUCCCCCCGGGCCCCCGGGAAGAGCCACCGAUACCUCAAGUGCCGUCAGGAACUAUGCAAGUCUCCAAGCAAUGAGACAACAGUCACAUGUGGAUGAGGUGGGAACACUCUCCUUUGUUACUGAUACGGGUAAACUCUAUAUUAAAGUGCCAGGAGGCUGGAAAGAGAUUCAGCUUGGUGGCCUGAUCGAGACGUAUACUGCCCCUGUCUUCUCACAAGAUGAUGCGGGACCACUGAUUCUGCCCCCUCAACUCAGUAAUACACCCAAAAUCCACAUGGGAAAUGCACUCAGGUUGGUGGCUCUGAACACGCCCUUGUCUGGAAACGUGGGUUCCAUCCAUUCGGUCAAUAAGCUUUGCAGGAUCCAAGCUCAAGCUAUGGGCAUCAGAGACGAUUAUAAAGCCUUCCUCUCCCAUCAUCUUCAAGAUCUGAUCGACGUGGUGCAGCCAAUGUACCGUACAAACAUUCCCAUCGUCAACUUAAGGGGUGAGGUUCUGUUCAAGAGCUGGGACAGUAUCUUCUCCAACCAUCUCCUUCCUCCCGGCAUCCCUCUUUAUUCUUUCGAUGGGCGGGACGUAAUGAGUGACCCCUUUUGGCCUCAGAAGGCCGUUUGGCACGGCUCUUCAGAGAAAGGCAAGCGACUGGAUGCUUUGAACUGUGAGUCCUGGAGAGCAGGUGACAUGGCCAUCACCGGUCAAGCAUCCUUCCUCUACAGCGGUUUACUUAACCAACAAACCCGCAGCUGCUCCAACCAGUUCAUCGUUCUGUGCAUCGAAACCAGCAACAACUACAAAACCGAAGAAGAGGUUCAGAACGCACAGAAUCGCCACAGAAGAUGGUAUUACAGAUAUUGAGAUCCCAGGCCUCCAGCAAGCAAAGUGGAUGGAUGUUCAUUUGUUGGGACCGAGAUGACAGAACUUGAGCAGGCCCAAUAGCCACGUGACCAACAAAUCUCAGGAUUUGGGCGCAUGAACUUUUUAAUACAAGCAAGGCCAUCUUUGAAGAAUGUAAAGUUGACCCAUGUCAUUUUGAUGCACUGUACUUUUCAUAUUGUGUUUUUAUGGUGUUUCCAAACCAGCAAAGGUCUUUUUUAACACACCAUUUAUUUGUUUGUUAUUCUGUUGGUAUUUAAUUUAAUUUCAGUGUUUUAUUUAUACAGUGACAUCGCACAUCAUUGAAACAUGUCUAGUGAGUAAGGAUACAUGUGUAAUUUAUGCUUCCAGCUGUUCAAAUGAGUUUUUGUUGAACGGCAUUUAGUUAGAUCCGACCAAUCAAACCUUUACUGAUAAUUUGAAGUUCAAUAAAUUAAGGCAGCCAAAACAGAACAUCACUUCACCCUUUUCUAUUCAUAUUUUAAACAAGAGGUUUUCAAUUAUCUGUUGAAUAAAACUUUUUUCAGA